AUGGCCGAUGCCGAUAAUCGGGUUAUUCUAAAUGUGGGUGGUAUUCGUCAUGAAACAUACAAAGCAACAUUAAAAAAAAUACCAGCUACACGUCUUUCCCGUCUCACUGAAGCUCUAUCAAAUUAUGAUUCUGUCCUUAAUGAAUUUUAUUUCGAUCGACACCCAGGUGUAUUUGCACAAAUAUUAAAUUAUUAUCGUACAGGUAAAUUACAUUAUCCAACUGAUGUUUGUGGUCCGUUAUUCGAAACUGAACUUGAAUAUUGGGGUCUUGAUGCUAAUCAAGUUGAACCUUGUUGUUGGAUGACAUAUACAACUCAUCGAGAUACACAAGAUGUCCUUGUUGGUCUUGAUCGUUUAGAUCUUGAUGAUGAACCCAUAACAGAGGAAGAAAUUCCACAUAAAUUUGGUUGGGAUUUCGAUCCAACAAUUCGUCAUAAAAAUAUGAGUGUACAAGAAUAUAUGAAAACAUUACCAUGGUUUAAACGUGUACAACCUCGUAUAUGGCAAUUAUUUGAAGAACCCUAUUCCAGUAGUGCAGCUAAAGCUAUACAAGUUGUUUCAAUCUUUUUUAUUCUUGUUUCAAUAAUAUCAUUUUGUUUAAAAACUCAUCCAACAAUGCGUGUACCAACAAUAGCAUUAAUUGAAAAUAAUUUUACAAAUAUAACACCUACGUAUACAUUAUAUAAAGAACGAACAGAAGCUCAUGAAGCAUUUCAAUACAUUGAAAUAGCAUGCAAUGUUUGGUUUACAUUUGAAAUAAUAACACGUUUUAUAGUAUCACCAAAAAAAUUUGGUUUUAUCAGAUCACCUGUGAAUAUCAUUGAUUUUCUUGCAACAUUAUCAUUUUAUUUAGAUAUAUUAUUUAAUAAAGUAUUACCAGCAUCAUUAACAAAUACAGAUUUAUUUGAAUUUUUUUCUAUUACACGUAUAUUUCGUUUAUUUAAAUUAACACGUCAUUAUGGUGGAUUAAAAAUUCUUAUACACACGUUUACAGCAUCAAUGCGUGAAUUAAUGUUACUUAUAUUUUUUCUUGUCUUAUUCAUUGUCAUAUUUGCUUCAUUAAUUUAUUAUGCUGAACGUUUACAAAAAAAUCCAGAUAAUGAUUUUACAUCUAUACCAAUUGGACUUUGGUGGUCCAUUGUAACAAUGACAACAGUUGGUUAUGGCGAUAUGGUACCAAAAACAUAUGUUGGCAUGAUGGUUGGUGGUUUAUGUGCAUUAACAGGUGUAUUAACCAUUGCAUUGCCAGUUCCUGUUAUUGUUGCUAAUUUUGCUAUGUAUUAUUCACAUACACAAGCACGCUCAAAAUUACCGAAGAAACGACGAAGAGUUAUGGCUGUUGAACCGGUUAGGCCACCAAGAGCAACUGGUCAUGGUGGUGGAGGUGUUGGAGGAGGAGGAGGUACCGGUGGUGGUAGUAGAGCUUUGAAUAAAUUUGGUAUGGAUGUUGGAAAAAUAGAUGGAACAAUGAACAUGCAAGGCGUACCACCUGGUGGUGGGCCACGAAGAAAUGUUAUUAAACAAGGUGGUGGUGGCAUGGCUGCUAAAUUUGGUAUGACUGAAAACAAUAUUAUUCACAAUCGAAUUGAGGAAAUGGAAAUGAAAAUUGCAAGUGUUAAUACAUCACCAAUAAACAAUAGUACGAGUACAAUCGAUACACAAGGUGAUAAUCAAAAAUUAGAUCAACGUUCAUCAUCUCGUGUACAAUCAUCACGUACAAUUCUUACUGAAGUUGCUAAUUAA